CUCAAGAUUCCUUUUUCCACAAACAAACAAAAUUACAUAUAUGUAGUGACCCUUUAAUAUUAUCCAAUUAAUCUCAAAGCUAAAAAUCUACUUACCAAGCAAAUUAAAGAUGAGUGUCAACAUAGAUGAUGAAGCACCUACUUUUGCUCCAUCUUUACUAGUACCAAAUGUUCAAGAAAUGGUGAAGAAGAAUUAUUUACAUGUUCCUAAAAGAUACAUGAGGAACCAAGAAGAAAUGGAGAAAGUAAAUUACAUGCCUCACCUUUCAUGUGAGAUACCUAUAAUUGAUUUAUCACUGCUUUCAAAUGGUAACAUGGAGGAGUUACUCAAACUCGACAUAGCAUGCAAGGAGUGGGGUUUCUUUCAGAUAGUGAAUCAUGGUGUGGAAAGAGAACUUAUGCAGAGAAUGAUGGAAGUAGCAGAUGAGUUUUUCAAACUUCCAAUAGAAGAGAAGGACAAGUAUGCUAUGCCCUCAAAUGAUAUACAAGGCUAUGGUCAUGCUUAUGUUGUUUCUGAGGAGCAGACACUUGAUUGGUCCGAUGCACUCAUUUUAAUCAUUAAUCCUGUCCGGUACAGAAAGCUUCAAUUUUGGCCGAAAUUCCCAGAGGGAUUCAAGGAGAUAAUAGAAGCAUAUUCAAGUGAGGUGAAACGAGCUGGCACAGAACUUCUCAGUUCUUUGUCUGUUAUUAUGGAGUUGGAGAAACAUACUCUUGUUGAACUACAUAAAGAAGUACUUCAAGCUUUACGUGUGAAUUAUUACCCUCCUUGUAACACACCUGAGCAAGUAUUGGGUUUGAGUCCACACUCUGACACAAGCACAAUUACCUUACUUAUGCAAAAUGAUGAUGUACCUGGGUUAGAACUUCGUCAUAAAGGAAAUUGGAUACCUGUGACUCCAAUACCAGAUGCUUUAGUUGUCAAUAUUGGAGAUAUAAUAGAGAUAUGGAGUAAUGGAAAAUACAAGAGUGUAGAACACAGAGCAGUGACAAAUAAGAACAAGAGAAGGACUUCUCAUGCAUCAUUUUUGUUCCCACGAGAUGAUGUUGAAGUUGAGCCAUUUGAUCAUAUGAUAGAUGCUCAAAAUCCCAAGAUGUACAAGAAUGUAAGGUAUGGAGAUUAUUUGAGGCAAUCCAUGAAGAGAAAAAUGGAGGGAAAAACACACACUGAUGUGGCAAGGAUAAUUAAGGAACGUGUAAUAGAGGCACAACAAAUUUAACAAAAGGCUUAGUUUGAGAAAACGAGGAAAGUAACAAAGUUUACCUUUUCAUGUUUACAAUUGUGUUUGUAUAAUGCUUAAGAAGUAUUAUUAUAUACAUCAAAUAGUAUGGAGUAUUUUAUUUGUUUAGUUUGAAAAAGUUUAGUGACGAAACUCAAACAUGUUAAAGUUUAGUUUCAGUGAUGUAAUUUUUAAGCAAAUUAUAAUUUAAACAAUUAGCACUUUCAU